CAGGGCCGGCCGGCGGGGCCCAGCGGUGCGCGGCGGGCACGGUGCUCGGAGCGGUGGGCUAAGGCGGCUUUCACGGCGGGGAAGGUGGACAGAAAUACCUCCAGAGUCUGCUGUUUCCAUAACAAGCCGUGGCCUGUCUCUCGGUAGUUGCUGUAGGCGUGCCUGAACUAGCCUUAACCGCGGGGGGGACGCGCUCUCUGCUCUUCAGGGCCUGGCGUUUUCUCAUCACCAUCUCUGACAGAUUCUCACAGAAAAUGAGGUAAACACGGCCUUUACAGCCACCAUAGCUGCAUCAUCCACAGGGAAACGUGUCGGGCCAGGCGGUCGCCCCUGACCUGGCCAUCGCCGUCCUCCUCUCAGCGAGCUCCCGAUGGGUUCUAAAGCGUAUGUAUGCGCAGGUGCUGGCAAACCACCUUAUGACCACACUGGACUGAAUGACUCUCAGAAGCUAAGCUGCCCUGGGCUUUGUGAAUAUCAUGAAAGGAACAUGCAUGCUGAUGUCUAGAUCUAUUACUAGCUCCAGCUCUGUCUUGAACCUGAAGUUCAGCCCAGCUCUGAAAAUUAUGAUUCCUCCAGGCUUACCCAGUUUGGCUGUUAUCUGGGUCGCAUGUCUUUUUUGGAGGAGCAAACUGAUAAUUGAUUGGAUAAUGAGAAUAUUAGAGAAUGUGGCACGUUUUCAGUCAGAGGAGACAAGUUCUUCACCAACGUUUCCACUCGGGCACGCUGAGCAAGUGAUUUAUGUUGUGAGGGCUGCUCGUCAGCGCUCAAGCGCCCUGCAGAAAGAAAAUUCAUUUUUCAACCGCCAUAAACUCAUUGUAAAAUACGAAGUUUUGGAGCCUCCUCCAGUGACCGCCGUCCCCACCACAACCGGUUUUAAGAUGAGGUUUGACCUGGAGCCCUCCCCACCCCCCCGGUCCUACCGCCUCAGCACCGCCAAGUCCCGGGCGAGGCAGGGUCCCCUCAGAGCGCGGCGCCGCCAGGGGGCGCCCUUCCCGCUGCUGGCGCCACAAGAUGGCGGCGGGCGGCGGGGCUCUGGCGCUGCUGGUGCUGUUGGUGGUGCUGGUGCUGCUGUUAUGGCGGCGGCGGCGAGCGGCGGGCGGUGCGGGCCGGGUGUGCGUGGCGGUGCUGGGCGACCUGGGCCGCAGUCCGCGGAUGCAGUACCACGCUCUGUCGCUGGCUCGGCACGGACACAGCGUCGAGUUGUUGGGCUACCUCCGCCGCACGGCGACGUGCUGCGGAGCGGGAAGAUACGGCUGGUGCCCGUGGCGGAUCUGCGGGGGCUGCGAGUUGGCCCAAAACUUUUCCAGUAUGUCAUAAAAGUCAUUGUGCAGGCAAUACAAUUACUGUACACAAUGCUGAAGAUAGAUCAGCCGUCCUAUAUUCUUCUUCAGAAUCCUCCAGGCUUACCCAGUAUAGCUGUUGCCUGGGUCGCAUGUCUUUUUUGGAGGAGCAAACUGAUAAUUGAUUGGCACAACUAUGGAUAUACUAUAAUGAGUCUGAAUCAUGGAAGAAAUCACCCACUAGUACAAAUUGCAAAAUGGUAUGAAAAGCUGUUUGGGCAUUUGUCUGACUAUAACUUGUGUGUCACUAAUGCAAUGAAAGAAGAUCUAUGGGUGAAUUGCAACAUAAAGGCAGUAACACUGUAUGACAAGCCAGCUUCUUAUUUCAAGGAAACGCCAUUAGAACUUCAACAUCAUUUGUACAUGAAACUUGCCAAAGACUAUGAGCCUUUUAAACCACGUACAGAGUCUCUCAGUUGGAAGGCCGAGAGGUCUGCCUUUACAGAAAUGGAUGAAAAAAAUGGGCGCGUGGUAAAAACCAAAGGACGGCCAGCUCUUCUGAUCAGCAGCACAAGCUGGACAGAGGAUGAAGACUUCUCAGUCCUUUUAAAAGCUUUAGAAGAUUAUGAGCGGUAUAUCAAUGAAGGAGUCAAGCUUCCACCUUUAGUAUGUGUGAUAACAGGUAAAGGACCUCUAAAAGACUACUACAACGGACUGAUAAACAAAAUGCACUUUAAACAUAUCCAGAUCUGUACACCAUGGCUUGAAGCUGAGGAUUACCCUCUUUUGCUUGGCUCCGCAGACCUGGGGGUGUGUCUCCAUAAAUCAUCUAGUGGUUUGGAUUUACCCAUGAAGGUGGUAGAUAUGUUUGGCUGUUGUUUACCUGUGUGUGCAAUGUAUUUUGAAUGUUUACAUGAACUUGUGAAACACAAUGAAAAUGGUCUGAUAUUCAGGGACUCGAAUGAACUUGCAGAACAACUAAAGAUGCUUUUCUUGGAAUUUCCUACCCUGGAAGGCAAACUUCACAGCUUCAGAAAAAAUCUCCGUGUGUUCAAGCAGCUGCGCUGGGAUGAGAGUUGGGACCAGACUGUUCUUCCUUUGCUUGGGCAGAAUGAAUGACUUUUGGGCGGGAGGAGGGUGUCAAAAAAAGCAAACACAUUCUUGGAGAUGCAGAGAUUUGAUAAAUAGUGAAUAAACACUUUGUGUUGUCUACA